AUGAGUGAGAAUACCGAUGAGAGGAGGUUCUUCAACUAUCCUGGGCCUCAGGAGGGACCUCGUGUUCCUUAUGCUAUUGAAAGGAAUCCGAAUCCCGUCAUCAGAGGACCUCUACUCGUUGCUGCAGCAUUUUUGAUGGAAUGGAUUCGAUUUAUUCGUGAAACGGCUUGGAAAAAUGCUGGUUUUGCUUCCCUCCGGAAGAUCCGGGCGUACAUCGAAAACGUGGAACCAAGAUACGACCCGACAGUCUACCCAAUCGCCCUAUCAGAAGAAGCCGCUAAAGAACGCGGCGAAAGAGUUCAACUAGCUGCACUACAACAAGACAAUUCCCAUGUGUUUAACCCAGCACGAUUCUACUCGGUAGCCGAUUAUCGGGCUCUGUACCUCUCUGGAGAAGUAACGCCCGUCGAUGUGGUCAAUGCGAUCCUCCCUUUGAUCCAGCUUGAGGGACCCCAGCCCGGUAGACAUGCAAGCGCGUGGAGGGAACUCAAGGUUGAUCAGAUCAUGAGAGCUGCUGAAGCUUCAACGGAGCGUUACAAGAACAAACAACCCAUUGGCCCGCUUGACGGUGUUCCUUCAGCUAUCAAGGACGACUACGAUUUGGAUGGGUAUUCUACAACUCUUGGAUCUUUAAAGGAUUAUGCCGAGAUUCCCGCUGAAGGAGAAUCAUCGACAAGUUGGAUCGUUCGAAAGCUUGAGGAAGCAGGUGUUGUGAUCCUUGGAAAACUUGCUAUGCACGAAUUUGGUCUGGAUACCACUGGAAACAACCCCAACCAAGGAACGCCACGAAACCCUUUUAACCCGAAAUAUUAUACUGGCGGUAGUUCUUCGGGUCCCGCCUACGCUGUCAGCGCCGGACUUGUGCCUCUUGCUUUGGGUAGCGAUGGUGGCGGAAGUAUUCGAAUCCCUGGAUCAUUCUGCUCGGUAUUUGGUUUGAAGCCGACCCACGAGCGACUCACAUCCUGGCCUGGCGCCAAUCACUCGCCGACAUGUGCCGUCCAAGGUCCUCUUGCUGUUGAUAUGCAUUCUCUGGUUGCUGCAUAUGAAGCCAUCGCCGAGCCGCAUCCGUCAACGCAAUUUCCGCCUUUGCGCCUUCAACCAUCGCCUCCAAUCACAAAAGUCCUCGGUAUUUUUGACGCAUGGAUUUCUCGUGCCCAACCUGGUGUUCAAUCUCUGGUUCGUGGUCUUGUAGAGUCUCUUGCGGCCAAACACGGAUACACUCUCGUUCCGAUUGACAUUCCUUUUCCUGCUGAAGGUCAAAUGGCACACGCGCUUACUGUUCUGACUGAUGCUUCAACUUUGCUUCCUGAUACAAGUGGUAUCACAGCAGCUAACAGAAUCCUUCUGGCGCUUGGUCGUACCACUCCUUCCACCGAUUAUCUACUAGCUCAGAAGCUACGAGGCAUGUUGAUGAAACAUCUGGCCCAUCUCUGGAAGACAUACCCCGGUAUGAUGAUCAUCACACCCACAACAGCUUGUGCCGGCGCUCCCAUUCGCGGUGGAAAAUCUGAAUUGUCUUACGGAGUCAACGACGGAAACUACACCCUUCAAAGCAUGGAAUACGUCUGGCUCGCCAAUUUCUGCGGUCUUCCCGCUAUCACAGUUCCAGCCGGUUAUGUCAUUCCUGAAGGUACUAAAGACGCUGGCGAAGUUGCCGAGAAAGAAGUUGAUGGUAAAAUCCCCGUUGGACUCAUGGCUACUGGCGAGUGGUGUAGUGAAGACGCGCUGCUGCAAUUCGGUUUCGAUGCCGAGGCUGCUGGACAGAAUAUCCGAUGCAAGCCGCCUGUUUGGGAGGAUAUGAUUUCGAGAGCUAGAGAGAAAGCUUGGGAGAGUAGACGUACGUAG